ACUAAACAAAACAAUAACAAUGAACUCAAACUCGACAAAAUAUUGCUGUAGGACGUGUCUCGAGCAGAAAAACGACUUAAUGUCCCUCUAUUCUGUUGAUGUAACAUCAGGAAUGCAAAUUUGCGACAUGAUUUUACAGACGUCACAAGUUCAAGUUUUCAAUAAAGUUAAUGCACCGUCUUCUAUCUGUGGGGAUUGUCGUUACAAACUAAAUAUAGCUUUUCAAUUUCAACAACAAUGUAAAAACUCCGAUCAAAAACUUCAAGAAUUUCUUAGAACUUCAAUUCCUGAUCAAGGUGAGCCGAAUGUGGAUGAGCGAGAUAUUCAAGCGGCAGUUCAAGAGUUCUUCGGUAAUGAAGGAGAUGAGCAAGAUAUAAACUAUCAACCAUUAGUUUUAAACAAUGAUAUUGACACCAAUAUUAAAUCCACUGAUUAUCUCAACAUUGAUCGAGCGUGCUUAGAUUUAAAUUCUGGAAAUUUAUUAAAAAAAGUUGUAAAGAAAGUUAAAGCAAAGACAAAGCCAAUCAAAGACAAACUUCAAUUGGAUGAACUUCUAAAGACUCACAAAGAAAAAAUGAAGAGUGAAAAUGCAUCAAAAAUUCAAAUCUUCAAGCAAAAGAGAAGAAAAAAAGUUGCGGAUCUGGCGCAACCUGAACAAUGUUUCCAAUGUGGGAAAAUAUUUCACUACAAAGGUUACAUGGAGCUUCAUUUACGCACUCACUCGAACUACAAAGCAUAUGAAUGCAAUACGUGCCAUAAAAAAUUCACACAAAUCUCAAAUCUAAAUCUUCAUUUAAGAACGCAUACGAAAGAAAAGCCGUUCGCAUGUGAACGAUGUCCGAAGCUCUUCAGCACAUCCAGCAAUCUAAAAGUGCAUCUUAAGAUUCAUACAGGAAUUAAAGAUCAUUCGUGUGGAUUGUGCAGCAAAGCUUUCAAAACUGCUUCCGAAUUGAAGUCACAUGAAGGAACGCAUUCGCAAGUUAAAAGUAAAAUUUGCAAGAUUUGUGGAAAAUCUUUCUACAAAACAGCUUAUUUAAACGUUCACAUCAAGAAUGUACAUUAUGGAUUGAAAAAGUAUAAAUGCGAUAACUUUAACUGUAACAAAGUGUUUUCAAAUAGCAGCAAUCUUAUUGCACAUCGAAGAAUUCAUACUGGCGAGAAGCCUUAUAUUUGUAAACGCGAAGGUUGCAACGCAAAAUUCAACCAAAGUUCAUCAAGAGCUCGACAUAUGAAAUCACACAAUAAAAACAGUAAAUUUAAAAUGUCACCCGAUAAGGUGAAGGAUAAAGAACAAAUGAAACCUGCGAAGAAAUGUUCGUACAUUAUUCCUGAACUUUUGAAAGAAAAUUCACCGACUGAAGCACAAGUUUGCAUUUCUGAACAAAAUCGAUCACCGCAAAGCACAUCGAAUUGUCUGCAGCAACAAGAUCCAUUACAAAAUUCAACAAACACUUCUUAUUCAGUGACUCAACAAUCUUUAUUGCCAGAGGCCUUAAACCCAAUGAAUCUCAUCAACAACACUACAUCAACUCCAACCUUCAACGCAAUUUCAACGCAUUCAGCUUCAUCUUUACUUCUUUCUCUACCAACACAUCACGAUCCACCUCAAUUAUCAGAUCAUUCAAUUCAUCAUUUCUCAAACUUUGAAACAACAACUUACUUACCAGCUACAUCAAAUAUUCUUCCACCAAACAGCUUCAACUUCAUUAUGAGUGGAUUGGACUUUUCAAAAAAUUCAUUAAAUGGUGAACCGACGUACAUUGAUUAUUGAAAUGUUUCCGGGAAUUCCCAAAUGUUUGGUUUGAAUUCUAAAUUUCUUAAUUUUCGCAUAAUUCAAACUUUCCUUGAACCUUAAAAAAAUAUUUUAAAA